AUGACAUGGACUUCUGAAUUUGAUUGGAAACGCAGACAACCUAUGACUAAAGAAAUAAUUAAUAAAUUAGAUGAAUGGUUAGGUAUUUUAAAUAAAAAUUUUUAUGAUAAUUGUUAUAUUUCUUUUGACGAAAUUAAUGGUAUCUUUAUUGCUGAAAAUAUUGAAGAUGAAAUUGAGAAACAAUUUUCUGAGAGUAAUAAUAUCAAUGAAAAUUCACCUUUACCGGUAAUUGAAAGAACUAAAAUGAAGAAUAAAUAUAGAAGUAAACCUUAUGCUAUGUCGAAAAUAAUUGUUAGUAGAUCUGCUGAUAGUAUAGAAAUUCCAGAUGAUAUUUGA